AUGGAUACACCAGCAAACACAAGUGAUCCACGUGACACCAGAGACUCAAAAAACACGUCACACUAUGAAAGGUCUCGAUCGGAUCACAGAAGCGACAAGCACGACACCGACGACCGACGUUCCACUCAUAGGGAAUCCUCGUCUCGCCACUCCUCUUCCAGAUCACACCGUCGACAUCGUUCCGAGCGAUCUGAUAGACCGGAACGAUCCGAACGUUCGGAAAGAUCAGAUCGACACCGUUCGAGCCGGUCGAGCCGCUCUAGUCGCUCAAACAGAGACCGAUCCAGAAGCAGAGAAAGCCGAAGAAGUGACAGAAGGAGACACAGAGAUAGGUCGAGUGACGGAGACCUUCGUCGAGAACAAUCGCAUGGGUCGAGAUCGCAUGAGCCGAGACCGGGGAAAUGGGUCAUUGACGAAUCUGACGAGGAGGACGAGAUUGGAGGUCACGUGGCGGACACUAAAGGAUCGGUGGUUCUUACACGGUCGGACGAAAUCAACAGUCUUAAUAAGCAGAUUGCCGACGAUCUACGGGCCAAGUUACAGGGUAAGACUCCAUCGACUUCUAAGAAGGAAGAAGAUGACUCAGCAGAAGAAGAUGACGACACGGAGCCUGGCAAGAAGCCGGAACCGGUUGUUUUGUCGGCAAUGGAUACGCAAAUGAUGGGUCCUGCAGUUCCGCCCAAGCCUGAAGAUAUGACUAUUGCAGAGAUGGUUGCGGAGGAACGACGGUUGAGUCACAUGGGCAACGCCUCGUCACGUGCAGCAGAGACGAUUUCACGUGACAAGGGCUUUUCUGUCGACAACGACUAUGCCGACGACAACUCUUCCCGUCUAGCUUCUCUUGUUUCCAAGAAGCAGAUUGAUUUGAAGAAUAUGGCCAUUUCCCAGGUUCAAAAGAUGACCAAGAUUUUGGAUACCUGUGAUCUCUGUGCGGAAGACAGGGCUCCCAAUACUUCUGUCAUUUCGACUGGCACCCGUGUUCAUCUGUCAAUUGCCCCCAAGCCCGAACUAGCUGCGUAUUCUGCUGUUAUUGUCCCCAUUGCUCACCAUAAGAACACUCUGGAGUGCGAUUCGGACGAAUGGGAGGAGAUUCGCAACUUUCAAAAGUGUCUAGCGGUCAUGUACAUGUCUAUGGGUCUGGGGGUGUGUUUCUACGAGAAUGCUGCCCGUCCUUGGCUCUUUCCGCACGCACAUAUCGUAUGUAUUCCCGUGCCUCUUGAUUUGACCAACGACAUCAGCCCCUUCUUCCAGGAGGCGUUUUUGACGUCCGACACUGAGUGGAGUCAGCACCGAAAGGUGAUCCAGACUGGCGGUAAAGGUAAGCUGGGGUUCCAGACAUCUAUUGCCAAAGAGGCUCCUUAUGUACAUGUGUGGCUGACAAUUGACGGAGGAGUGGGCCAUAUCGUCGAGGAUGCCAACAAGUGGCCCAAGGACGACAGAUUUGCUCGCGAGGUGAUUUCGGGGCUGUUGAGGUGUCCGGUGGAGCUAGCCAAGAGAACCGUCACUUGGGGAGAAGAUAAGGAAAUGAGGGCCAAGUUUGUGACCAAAUGGGACAAAUAUGAUUGGACCAAGCAGUUGGAGUAG